AUGAUCCGAGUCGAGGGUCCACGCUUGUCAUUCGUCUCGACUUGGCAACUUCGCCUUCGAGCUCAUCAAAGAAAGAAUACAAACGGUCUGCUUUCAGAAGUUCCGAAAAGCACCGGUUGUCACCGAAAUUUCGUCACCUCAUAGCAAGGCAUCGAAACAGAAAUGGCUUGCUUGAAUGACGAGUGCGCCUCUGCUCGGCAUACUGACAAUGACGGUAACAUUGUCGUUUUUCUGCUGCUCAUGUUUCUGAAAAAAGAUAUCGAGACAAGAAUCGCUCGUGUCUAUGAGGAGUAUGCGCAUCUUCAGCACACUGACGAUGACAGUAACAUCGUCGCUCCUGGAUCACUCAUGUUGCAGCAUAAUGUCGUCAACAUUCGCCGCUUAGAACGUCUUCAACGAAGACUGCCUUCAAUGCACGAUGUGGCAUCAAUGAGAUGGUUGAUUCAAGGGUUACGCCAGUAA